AAUGUCUACAUUCCUUUUCAACCAAAAUAAAAAAAUUAUUGUAUUGUCUUGCCUUUAACUGGAUUUCAUCAAGCAAACCCAAUUAAAAUGAAAUGAUCAACUUUCCCCUUACACCGUUACUUGUUUUUAUAAUGUCUUUACUGAAACCUUUUAUGAAUUAAAAUGUCUUCGAAAAGUUGUACAAAAAUACAGAAAGGAAAAAAAAACUCGUCACGCUUUUUGCUUGCUUGACAAAAAAUAUCAAACGCAGCGUGUCAAAGUAGACUUGAUUUUUAGAUGCAGAAUUCAUUGGCUUUUAUAUCUAGACCAGCUUCCGGAAAUGAAUAAAAGAGAGAAUCACGGAAAAAAAAGCAAAACAAAAUCUCGAUUUAUUUGUAUACCAUGAAGACACGCUACUUUUAAUCAGUCACCAGUGUCAAGAAGCAUGCAUUAUUAUUGUGUUUGUGCUAUAUUUCAAUGAGUAAAAGUCUAAUAAUUGUACCAUUUUUCCUCCAGCUGUUUAAUCUAAUUUUAAAAAUGAAGAUUUUGCUGAAUUAAACUAAAUGUGAGCUUAAUUUACGAACGUUUCGUCAUUAAAGUAGACCCUGUUUGCGAUUAGAAAGGGUCAGAAGUCAAUGGUGAUAAGGAUUUGUUGAUCUUGAAACUAUCUAGACGUGGACAUCGUUGGAAACUCUUAGGGGUUGACGUGGCCUUCUACUGCAUACCAUCAGAAUGUGGCGGGUAAAGUUGUACCUUCUUUUCCUAUUUAAUGUUGUAGCUUUUGGUUAUGAUUUGGGAGUUACUCAUAAAUACUCCUACGAAACCACAACAACACUUGAUGAGGAAUGCAUAACAGAAAAUGAAGGGAAAGUUGUUGGGCAACGUCUUACAGCAAAGGUACAUCUGUCAUCAGUUUGGAAAAAUCCGCAAAACUCUGAACAAGAACUUAUCAAAAUAGAGGUUUUGAAUUCAAAGUUAUGGGCUCCUAAAAAAUCAUCAUUUGUAGAAUACCAAUCAGAAUUGGAUAAAAUCACCUCAAAACCGUCUUUUAUUCUACGAGAAAAAGGAUCCGUCAAUAAAAUUUGGGAUGAUUCAGCUGAAACUCUCUUACUUAGAAACCUUAAAAGAGGAAUUGCAAGUUUAUUGGAAAUUCGAAAGAAAGAAAAAGAGGUUGACGUUUCUGGCAGUUGUGAUGUUCUUUAUGAGGUUAAUAAAAAUAAUAUACGAAAAAGGAAAUCUAACUGCUUCCAUUCCAAGUUUGACAAAUCUCUAACACAACCCUAUGGCGUACGUUCUAUGUCUACGCAACAUCUGCUAUCAACCGAUUGCUUGCUUUUGGAUGAUAAAAGCAACACUUUGUCAAAGUGUUCUGCUGUUGAAUAUGUUAAAACUAUCAGCAAUGUGUGGCGAAAACCAUCUUUAUGUGUCAAUGCUAGGUCACAAUUGACAUUAGAUGGUACAAGCAAAGAAGCUACAGUUUAUUCAAACCAAAACAUUGAGAAUGUCAUAGAAGAAAUUAAAAAAUCUGUUUCAAGUAAUUUAGUAGAAGAUGUUAUUGAAGCUUUACUUCCAAAUCAAGAGCAAAACUCCAAAAAUAAUCUUGCAGAUAACGUAAAGAAGUACCAAGAAGGCCUCAAACAAGCGAAUUUAGCUAAGCUUAAAUCGGCCUUAGCAUUUUACAAGCUAUUACCGUCUUUCCGUUCAGCUUCUAAGGAUGACAUUAUCAAAAUUUUGCAAAACAAGAAAUUCAAACCUAUACAAGGCCAAAUUUUAGAUCUUAUUGCUGCUAGUUCUAAUGAAGAUUCAGUUAAGGCCACUUUUGAAUACAAUAAAGAUGUGACGGACUAUGAUGAAAUGCUGGAACGUUUCUUGAUCAGNUAUUUGUGA